AUGGUUGUUUCCAACCGUUCAACGGAUGAUGUCUUGCGUCACGAUAAAUGCUACACGGCCGAUAACGGUGUCCGUUAUGCGAUGCAUGCCCGCGGUCUGCCCGUUAAAACAUUGAUAAGCGACCGCUCUUAUCGGGAAUGCUCCGCCGUUGCGGCUGGCGAUGGUGUUCAAUCAGGUGCUACCAGUUAUAUGGUGGGGCUAAUCAAUGGCAUCAUCGCUAUCAGCUUAACGGGCAAUAAAGUAAUUUCUCAAACCCUAAAUGAGAAAAUCUUUAUCAUUUUGGCCGUUUUCGGUCUGGGCCUUGCCAGCGCCAAUCUCCGCUCGGAGAUGGACGAGGUGAUCGAGCCCCUGAAGAUGGAGGAGGUCCGCGAGAUCUACAACUGGUGGAUCACCCAUGAUGCCCAGGUUGGUGAGAUCUACGCCUUCUUGCAGACUGAGGAAGCGAACCAAGCCUGGGUCAUCAUGACUACCAGUAAUGAGGAAAUGCAGAAAAUCAGCGAUUGGGCCUUGGAACGUGACGUCCAUAUUAGAGAUUAUAUGAAUGAUAUUGCUGCGAUGUUGGGACUGACUCCGAUUGGACCACGUGCCCUGAGAAACUCCGCAGCCCGUAGCUGGACUACCAUGAUGGAGGAGAUUCGUGCCGUGCAGGAUCUGGACGGAGCCAAGGCUCGGGCUGCUGAGUUCAUUGCCGAUCCGACGAGUGAGUUUGGUGAGUUGCACCGCAUGAUCGCUGCCGAACACCACUCCAUCCAUACCACUUUCGAAGACCCGGCAGUACGUCGUGUUACCAAUCAGCUGCGCGCCUUUGGAGUCGAUAUCGAUGGACUUGUUGAGCGUAUCUACGAUUGGUUCGGUUGGGAUCAUAGUGAGCACUAGUACCGGAAGGAAUUGUGAUAAAUAAAUGUGAUAUUUUUGCAAACUAAUUAACUAUUUUAUUCAUCCAAUUUCGAACAAAUCGAACCAAAAAUUUUCCAAAAGCAAUGAAAAUGCAUGAACCACGCAUGAAAAACACGAAAAGUAUUCAUACAUUCUCACCCAUAUCAACUCAUAUGUUACCAAUUGAUUGCAGAGUUA